GUUACAGGUAUCGACAAAGCAGCGUGUUUGGAGAGGUUCGGCGAAUACUUCUUCGACUACUGCGUGCGGAGCGGCUAUGAGAGGGUCUUGCGGGUCCUCGGGGGGACUCUGGAGGCCCUCCUGUCUAACCUAGAUGCGCUGCAUGACCACCUUGGCUCUACAUACCCGGGAAUGUCCGCUCCGUCCUUCAGAUGCACGCCACGCCAAGACGGGACUAUACAGCUCCAUUACCAUAGCGCACGGCCGGGUAUGUUCCCCAUGGUUUCAGGGCUUGUCAAAAAGGUCGCACGAGAGCUCUUUCAGACACGUGUGGAUAUCAAAAUUCUUUCCGAGUCAAACCAAGGGAAUAAUAAUAACACUGUUUGUCAAAUUUCGCAAGAUCCUGAAAAUCCAACUGAUAAAUUCAUUCAACCGAGGAAGGAUAAUUUUGUGAUACAAAAACCUGUGCGGAGUACCUGUUUGUUCAGGAGGUCCCGCUCGCGGAAGAUGUCAUUGCAAUGUCAGAGCCAAGAACCGAAGGACUUAGCCUUGGGUGUAGAAUCCUUCUGUCGGGCUUUCCCAUUCCAUGUCAUGUUCGACAGGAACCUGGAGAUACGACAGGCGGGGGUUGCUAUGCUCAGGGUCAUCAAGACCUUCAGGAGGCGCCAUAAGAAUAUGAACUUUCUGGAUAUAUUCAGUGUCGUGAGGCCAGUUUUGGAUGUAAACUUCCAGGAGUUGUUGGAUCAUGCCAAUACCGUGUUUGUUGUAACGACGAAGCCUGGGGUUAUCGAUUCAGGUCCGAGAAGGCACGACAUUCUCAAAAGGAGUGUCUCGUAUAGAACAGAGAGUGAACGAGAAAAAGAAAAGGAGAAAGAGAAAGAGAAAGAGAAAAAUGAAAAUGAGAAUGAAUCUACGAUGCGUUUGAAGGGACAAAUGAUAUACAUUCCUGAAUCGGAUAACAUUUUGUACCUCUGCUCACCUAGGGUGCAAAAUCUUGACGAUUUGAAAGGCAGAGGGCUGUUCCUGAGCGAUAUUCCCCUGCACGACGCCACGCGAGAUCUCAUCCUGAUCUCGCAAGCGAGACGCGCGGAACGCGAACUCGUGGAAAAACUCGAGGAUACUUCGAACAAUCUCAAAAUGUUGCAAGCUCGUCUCCAAGAGGAUAAGCAAAGGACGGAUGAGUUGUUGCAUUCGAUUCUGCCACCUACCAUUGCCGAAAGGCUGCGGCUGAAUCAACCAGUAGAGGCUGAAAAAUACUCACUGGUGACUGUACUAUUUUCUGACGUGGUUGGAUUUACUGCUUUAUGUGGGAACGAGAAGAUAGUCCCCAUGGAUAUAGUCCGGCUACUCAAUAGGCUUUACACUCAAUUCGACGUGCUAUGCAGUAUUAACGAAGUCCGAAAGAUGGAAACUAUAGGAGAUGCAUACAUGGUAGUCGGGGGUCUUCCAGAGUACAUAGAAACGCAUGCUGAUCGCGUUGUGUCCCAAGCAGUCGGCAUGAUAGAAGUGUCAAGAUAUGUGAUGAUGCCUGCUGAUCAAAAACCAAUACAGAUUCGUAUAGGAGUGCAUUCGGGUCCAGUGGUGGCUGGUGUGGUAGGCCAGAAGAUGCCUCGCUAUUGCUUGUUCGGUGAUACAGUUACUAUAGCCAAUAAGAUGGAGAGUGUCAGCCAACCUGGCAAGGUUACCAUCAGCGACCAGGCAAAGGAGUACAUAGUCAACCCGCUAGACUUCAUCUUCGAGGAGAACAUGUCAAGGCCAGAUAUGCCCUGUCGCUGCUUCUUCGUCACCACGCAACCCAACUCUCCACGCCACCUAUCGCCAAUGGACUUCAAUAUGGCCUUGCCAUUGGGAUUAUUCCGCACACCAAAUCCGUCCCCUACCAACUCCCCUGGUUGUCUUUCACCUGCCUCUCCCACGACCGAGGAUUCACCUCUCUCUCCAAGAAGGAUGAACUCACCGCAGAACAUGAGCCCGUCAUUCAAGAUGCCAACAAUAAAGAUCUCGGACACCGACUCAGAAACCACGGACCGUAUCGCCUCAUUGGACGCCAAGAUGGUGCACUACACCAAAAUCGAACAACGUCUGCGUCAAAAGCUCAAUCUGAGCACCCCGGAAACAUUCCAGAAACGCCACAAGGAACGCAAACAACAUCGUAGAAAAAGCUUGGAUAAUGGCCGUAAGUCUCCCGAGGGUAGACCGCGGCAGAGUAGGUCGUUAUCUUUUUGCCAGUUUUUUAACAUUCCAACCGAUGAUGUGCCAAGUCCCGAGGAGACAUCUGGAUACACAUACGAGAUGAAUAUGGCCCGUCUCCUCGGGGAAAAGUUACAGGCUUACGCUGCUCAGACGGAGAAACGGGUUUUUGCAGGCGACUCUGAGGAUGUACGGUACAUCGCUGAUGACUAUACUGAUGACUCUUAUAGUGCCAGUCUGUCCUCUCGGUCCAGUAAUGCCAGUUCACGUAAGUCCUCAAUGGAGGAAUGCGAUUCCGAUAGCUCCGACAGAGAAAUCAGCAGGAGGCGCCACCGGCGUCGAAGGUCUGCUGAGCCGCUUGUGACCUCGCCUGCAGGACGUGAGGACUGUGAUAGCCUUUCGCCGUUUCGACAAAGGUCAAGGUCAAAUACUUUAGAGACUAUAACAGAAACGACGCAUUCUAGCACAAAUGCUUCGGGAAUUGGCUCCGCGAAGGAAGAAUCUUCAGAAAUAACAACACAGAGUACGGCUCAUUUGGAGAACGAGGACAACAGUCCUCCUUUGGUGACCAAUGCCAAGGUGUCUUCUGCAGAAGACGGCUCAUCAGAUCCUCACCCUGGUUCCUGUGAUCCUAACAGACGUCCCUCCUCUCAACUAGACUUGGAACUUUCUGAAAGACGAAGUAGUUAUAGUGGCGAGGCAACCAAUAAUGAAUCACGUGUACCGAGAGUGGUUAUGACCUUAGAAAUUGAUAAAGAUGGUCAAAAUAAUCAACAUGCGCAAGAAUACGUGAAAUCACCAUCUGUAGUAAUUGGACCCCUUUCCAGAAAAGGUUCUGGGGCCAGUUCUGAUAAUUCUGAAUCAGGAUCCCGACGUUCUUCUUAUCAUCUUGAAUUGGAGUUGGCCGAACGUCGGAGCAGUUAUAGUGGUGAAACAACCUGUCUUGAGGAUAAUGCACAAGAUGCAUCAAUGUUGGUGAAAUCGCCAUGUCUAGUUUCUGGACCACUCAACACGAAAAGCCCAUUGCCUCUAUGCUUUGGUACAAUUAGUGACACUGAAACUAAUGAUCCAUCCGGUGCGUCCAAGCUGGCAGCCGCAGAACAGCGCAAUAGUUACACUGGGCAGACAGUUUCUGCAGUUGAAUUGGAUGUACCUCACUUAGGAGUUAAAUCACCACAUAUUGUUUCUGGGCCGCUGUGUAAGAAAGCUCCAGUGAUUUAUUGUGAUAGCCCUGAAGAUGCAAAUGUAUCCUCCGAUCAGAUAGAACUUGAAAAUUCUGAAAGGCGAAGCAGUUAUACUGGUGAGACCACCUUGCACACUGCCCCUCGGGUACUUGUUAAAUCACCCUGUGUUGUUUCUGGGCCUCUCAAUAAGAAAAGUCCUUUGCCAUUUGGCUAUGGAUCUGAUGAUGAAGAUAGCGAUAUUAAUAUAAAAAAACAGUUAGAACUCGAUAAUUCAGAACGGCGCAGUAGUUACAGUGGCGAAAAUGCUCCGAAUUUGAAGGUUAAAUCGCCCUGUGUAGUUGCUGGGCCUCUGAAUAAGAAACGUCCUGUACCAUCUAGCUAUGAUUAUGACGACGAGGAUAAUAACACUUCGACCAGUCAGUUGGAACUGGAGAACUCUGAACGUCGCAGUAGUUACAGUGGGGAAUUACCUGUGCAAAACACACCUCAAUACCCAGUGAAAUCUCCGUGUGUGUCUGGACCGCUUAAGAAGAAAAAUCCAUCACCGUUUCUCUACACCCCUGGCGACGAAGAAACUAAACAAACGUCAAAUGUGUUGGAGUCAGAAAUCUCUGAGCGGCGUAGCAGCUACACUGGAGAAGAGAUUCCCAUUGCAGCAAAAAAUAUUCAAACUAUGCCUCGUGUUAAGUCACCCUGUGUCGUCGCUGGACCUUUGGGGACAAAACGCCGGUUGCGUUCUUAUGGCGGUGAAGAUGAUGAGAAAGAUGUUCCAUCACACCUGUUAGAGUUAGAACGGUCUGAACGACGGAGUAGUUAUAGUGGCGAGACGGUUACCGUGGCAGAAACUCGUCAUACACCUCAUGUAAAAUCUCCUUGCGUUGUAGCGGGGCCUCUUCGUAACAAAGUUCGGGAACCUCGAAAUGAUUCUGCGGUUGAAAAUGUAACUUAUCUUUCGUCAGAGGUGGACUUGAUAAAAUGUUUGCCUGUUAAGUCGCCUUGUAUUAAUGCGGGGUCUUUGUCUAAGAGAAAGCAGCCACUUCAUCACGAUAGCAAUGAUGAAACGGAUGCAAAUGUGUCUAGUCAUCAGUUAGAGUUGGAACUUUCAGAACGCCGAAGUAGUUAUAGUGGCGAAUGCAACGAUUUGGAAAAGUCCACAGGAAGUAUUGGUUCGGUCAAAUCACCCUCGGUAAUCUCUGGACCUCUUUUCCAGACCAAGCACAAAUCACACACGAUAGGUGCAGGGGAAGUAAAAAGGUCCAAGUCUGAGUCUGCCCCAGAACAACUCGAGUUGUUGUCUACAGAGCGGCGCAGUAGUUACACCGGGGAGAAUGUCAGCCCAAGGCAAUCAGAACACCUGACUAUAGCAACUUCUCAAGUUGUCAAGUCGCCCUUAGUUCUUGCUGGACCCUUACACAAGGAUAAGAAGGAAAAGAGCGAGAAAUCGUCCCUUGAGAGUGGAAAUAUUGAGCCCGUGACAAGACGUCAGUCGUAUCAACUUGAUUUGGAACUUUCGGAAAGACGGUCAAGUUACAGCGGCGAGGUUGCACCAUUAGGGACCUCCGUUAUUCCACGCUCUGUUGAACCGUUGAAAUCUCCUUCGAUAGUUGUGGGGCCGCUUUGUUCGGGCAGAGUGCCUUCCUCUCAAGAGGGACCCGAGGUACGGCGCACGUCGCUCAAACUUGAACUUGAGCUGACUGAGAGACGAAGCAGCUACAGCGGAGAGACCACAAAUUCACUGCUACCUGGAACGGGCCCUAGAACGGGCCAGGUGGAACAACCACAUGAGGUUCUUAGAUCCCCUUCGGUUGUGGUCGGGCCGCUUUGCAAGGCUGACAGGCGUGCUUCUGAGGGCACCUUUGGGCAAAGAUCGUUUGGCUGUCAUUUGGAAGUUGAUGUUCCGGAGCGGCGCAGCAGUUAUGGCGGAGAAGCUUGGGGUAAAUUAUCAAGCAUGGAAACCGACAGUGACAUUUCUCCCUCUAUCGUCAGAGGGUCACUCCCUGGCAACAGAAGCACCUCAAAGAAUGAAGUGCCCAGGGACUUGGGACUUCAGCACUCGAAGCAAUACCUGAAGGAAUUGUCUCAAUCUUCUGAUACCGAAGUAUCUAAGAAACGUUCUUCAAAUGUCGGACAUAAAGUUAAGUCGGCAUGGGAAAGUUCGGCCAAGAAGAAAGAAAAGCUCACUCCUCAAAGCAGGCGGACUGUCUCUGCCCGCUCUAAUCUGUCUACGCAGUAUCUGUGCCCGCACUACAAUCUUGCUGGACGGAGGGUCACUGGGCCCAAAACAAUCCCUAAUCACGCUGAUGGUGCAACAAGUCUAUUUGCGUCAGAGGAUGAGAGGUCAAAUGUAAAAAUCGGGGCGGGAGAUCUUCGAGAUGCGGGGAAGCAUGAUGCGGCUGUUGGGGGUUCCCCUGCUGGUCAGGGCGGGAGGAGGCGGGAGAGACGGAACAGUACGGGUAUACCAAGUAUGCACGAACCUCGAGUCAUACCGAUCACCAAGGCGCACAGUGCGCGCGAAUAUAGCAUAGAGGACCAUAUCGAUUCCAGUAAAACCUUGGUUCUGAAGGAAACGUUGGUUAAAAAUCUUGAACCACCUGCUUUCAUAGUCUGCGCGCGCAGCAAAUCCGAUUCCCAAAUUGAUUGCAUCUUUGCAGCUUAUGAGAAUCCUCCUGAGGUAUCGAGGACUAAACCACGUCACCUCCUGUCCCCUGAUACUAUUCGGCAUGGCUAUCAGCUUGGGUCAAGGUCGCCAACAUCUCCCGGGACGCCGAGACGUAAAAGCCGGUUGGGAAGACCGAAAGUCAAACUAGAAAGCCUGAUGGAUGCUCAGAUUGACGAAUUUGCUCAACAUGUGAAAAGUCGUCGAAAGUAUAGAUCUACCUCUAGCGAGAAUCGGCGGAGUUAUAACAGUCUUGGGAGAUAUCAUAGGCUCGGCUGUAGUGUGUGUUUGGUGACGGGCCGGGCGGCCGAUGCAGCGCCGGAUAGGCUUAGUGUCAAUGGGCGUUUGUCCCCGCGGACCCGCACUCGCGGUAACCACAGUCCUGGCUCGGAGGAUACCGAGGGAGGGAAUGGAGACAGCAGUAGGAAGUCUAGUAGUGAUGAGAAUGGGAAUAAGAGUAGAAUAACGGUGCCAAACCGGAAUGAUAGCAUGAUGACUUCCCCUAGUCAGAGCAGAAAACGCGUCAGCAAGAUACCUUGUCCAGUUCCAAAACCCAGAGACGACCAUCCGAAAAACUAAGGCCGUCUGAGUUCUGAAGUGAAAUGUAACUGCUCCUGUUGGGCCAACCUGACAAGCGUAAGUCUCGGUGAUCAACACUUAUGGAACAUUUAGGUCCUCGUGUGGAAAUAUAAACACGAUAUGACUUCGGUUUAAAAACUGGUGUGAAAGGAAUGUUAGGCUCAUUUAAGUAGAUGUCCCAGUCACAAAAACACUUAUUCGCGGCCUUGUCUGUUUCACCCAAAAAUCGCUCGUAUGUGGACUUGCAUUUGGGUAAAACCUGUCCGGUCUUUCUGGUGUGUAACCGUGCAAUUCUGUCUCACCGGUCUCUUUGCUGUAUGCUGUAUGUCAGUAUAAACUAUAUGUUCUUCGUUACUGUAAAUGUCAUAAAAACUAAGUUUACUUUGCUCUUCCCCCAUCAUUAUCCUCCUGUCAGAGUCUUUGAAUAAAUUUAUUGAAAGACUCUACUUCUAUCAUGUUAACUGAAUUACUGGUGUAUUUCCUCGAAAUUUUAUCUUGAGUGUCCAGCCAACUUCUGAUAUAACCGUAUCAGUACAGUUACGGUUGUAUAUAUCAUAUGUACCUACUACUUUCAGCGUUUUUUUUAACCUUUGGGUUUUGUGGGGACCAUUCCGGGUGCUCUCACUAAAGCAGCGGUGCUUCUAUGCUAGCCUUAUAGGAGAGAAGGUCGAACCAGAAUUUGUCCUAUGUGGUGGGUCUUGACGACUGUAACCUACGGGGAUCAGUGGGGUAUGGGUAUCACUUCACCAAAUUCGUUGCCUCUUCAACUUUCUCGUGCGGAAUCCACACUAGUAUAAGGUCACUGGUAGCUGUUGGGACUGGAAAGAUUGAGAGAAAUGGACUAAGAUUAAAAAUGUGUAACGAUUCUGUAAAUGUGACGUUCAAAUAAACCACUGUUUACCCAAUAUAAUCGGUGUUCUGACAUCACCAACCUCAUAUUUUUACCAAAGAUUGUGGUUAGAUAUAAAAGAUGUAACGUUA